ACUUGAAACAGUCAUUAUUGAGAUUUAGACCAGUUAAUACUAGUCGUAUUAACUAUAAUAAUAUCAUUAGACUACUUUAUUUUAUAUUAUAUCUCUUAUUUUUUUAUUCUUUUUAUUAAAAAAGAGCAAUGGAUGCCCAAAAAGAUAGACCUUUUGAAAUCAAAGACGUGCCACCAGAAGAAUUGGUUGACAUACAUAAGCAUGUAAAGGGCCCUAAAGUUAAUUCUAUACGACUGGGUCAAGCCGGUUACUUCUUUCCCGAAGGAUAUAGAGAAGAUUGCUACAAAGUGUACAAUAUGGAAGUCAGGCCCAGUGAUAUAUUUGUCAUCACUUUUCCAAAAUCAGGUACAACGUGGACCCAGGAACUCGUGUGGUUAUUGGGAAAUAAUUUUGAUUACGAGACUGCACUGAAACUGCCACUUGCUAGGAGAUUCCCUUUUAUCGAAGUACCAAUGUUCUUUCGUGGUCAAAAAUUUAAGGAAUUCGUGGAAAAACUAGAUGAUAGUGAUCCAAGGAAGAGAAGUAUUUUAGAAACACCCAACAGCAAUUUUAUCGAUAAAAUAUUCAACGCACCUUCGCCUCGCUUCAUCAAGUCUCACCUACCAUUCUCUCUACUGCCGCCCACAUUGCUGGACAAUGCGAAAGUGGUGUACGUGGCCAGAGAUCCAAGAGACGUUGCUGUCUCUUUUUAUCACCAUCAUCAGUUUAUGACUUUUAACGGUUAUCAAGGCGAUUUUAAGUCGUUUUGGAAUUUAUUCAUCACAGAUAGAAUUGACUGGACGCCGUUUGGGCCCCAUAUAAAGGAAGCAUGGGAAAAAAGACACCACCCCAAUAUGUUAUUCUUGUUCUACGAGGAACUCUCUAAAGAUCUGCCAGCGGUGGUGCGUCGAGUGGCGCAGUUUCUCAACAAGCCGGUGACGGAGGAUCAGGUAGCGCGCCUCUGUGAACACCUGCACAUAGACAACUUCAGAAACAACAAGUCUGUUAACUUCGACGACUUAAAACAAACCGGAUUCAUGGAUCGAGAUGGACAAUUUGUUAGAAAAGGUAAGGCAGGCGGAUGGCGCGAGUACUUCGACGAGGAGAUGACGCAGCAGGCUGAGCGCUGGAUGAAGGAGAACCUGGGAAAUAUACAGUUCCCUGAUGUACAGAAACUAAUAACCAUGAGUAACAAAAUAAAUAACAACUUCCCAUUGGAAAUAGAGGAUGUGCCGCCGAAACAAAGCGAACAUCUUAUGAAAUAUUUCACUGGUGAACUGACUGGUUUUGUCCGUGUGGGGCCCAAAGGCUAUUUCCUGCCCAAUAAGUAUAAACAAGAAGCGGCCAAUAUUUAUAACAUGCCAGUUAGAAGUGAUGACAUUUUCGUCGCCAGCUACCCACGAUCAGGUACCACGUGGACGCAAGAAUUGGUAUGGAUGGUAGCAAAAGAUUUAGACUAUGCCGGAUCUGACGCAGUACCUCUCACUGAACGAUAUCCAUUUUUAGAGUUUUCAGUAUUCGUCCAUCCAAUAAUGAAAGAAAGAUUCGCCGCAGAAAACAGUCACAGCAAGGAGAAGUUACGACUCUUGGAAUUGGUCACACAGCCUGGUACUGAACAAUUGACAAGUAUCCUAUCGCCUCGGUUUAUCAAGACACACUUGCCAAUGUCCCUGUUGCCACCUAAGUUGUUGGAUGUAGCCCGAGUGGUUUAUGUGGCUCGCGAUCCCAGAGACGUCGCCGUGUCUUUCUAUCAUCUAAACAGACUUAUAAGAACGCAAGGUUAUAUUGGAGAUUUCAAAACAUAUUGGAACUUUUUUAUUCAAGACCUUCAUCACUGGACACCAUAUUUUGAACACCUGAAAGAAGCAUGGAAUAAGAGGCACCAUCCUCGUCUGCUAUUCUUAUUUUAUGAAGAAUUGUCUAAGGAUUUGCCAAAAGCCGUGCGCCGCGUUGCAGAGUUUCUGAACAAAUCAUUCACAGACGAACAAGUGAACCGUCUGUGCGAGCAUCUUAGCAUCGACAAUUUUAAAAACAACAAAUCCGUCAACUAUGACGUCAUGAGGGAACUGGGUAUUCUCAUACCUGGCGAGCAGGCUUUUAUUCGUAAAGGAAAAGCGGGAGGUUGGCGCGAUUAUUUUGACGAUGAAAUGAGUCAACAGGCUGAAAACUGGAUCGCGGAUAAUCUACGUGACACAGACUUUCGUUUCCCACAUCUCUCAUAAUGUCGAUUCUUAGAUAACAAAUUGCUCGAGAUAAGAAUAUAUGUAUAUAGUUGGUAAUUAAUAUACAUAGUUGUUGUAAUGCAUUUUUUUUCUUUAAACAAAAAUAAAUGAUGUUUGUUUGUAUAAUUUGCGCUUCAUAUAUGUAUGUAUAUUAGUUAAGUUUGUAUGCUAAUAAAUAAAUAAAUACGUGAUAACUUUGCCACUUCUGAAUCUAUUUUAAUAAUUCUUUUUGCAAUGUACAUACGGUAAUGCAAUGUUCACUUUUUAAAUGAAGCAAAUUCUUGUAUUAUUAUUUUACAGAAUACAGAUAAAAUAUUUACUAUAAGUUGAAUUAGAGAUUAUAAGAUCUGUUUGAUUCGAAGUAUUUGACGUUCCAUUGUUGCUGCCUAUUCUAACAGGAGACAGGCGUGACAGAUAUGUAUGCAUCUAUAAUAUGAAUUAGUGUCUGGUUUAAAAUAUCUUAGUUCAGUAAUUUAUAAACUCAAAAGAUCGCAAUGGAUGUUGAAUGGAGUUUUCUUUUUGCCCACACCACAACAAAUUUAAUUUUCCGACUAGCUUAACGGUGAUAGCCAAUAUAGUCAACAAAUAAUCCCCUUCUCAAAGAGUAGAUUUGCUUGAUUCAAACAUAUUUUGCAUCGUUAUAUUUUUAAAUAUCUCCUAGAUACAAACAUUACAUAGGAAAUAUUUAGAAAAAAAUACAUGAGAGAAAAGAGCAAUAAAAGACAAAACGUUGCGGGUAGAAGCUAAUAUAAGCUAAUCAUGGAUUACGCAACUGACCUAUCUUCAUUCUAAUGUAUCAUUCUUAACUGGUGCCCCGCCAGCGUAUGCCGUUAAGGCAGAGGGACCAUUCCAUUGUCAUCAUUAAAAAAAUAAAUCAUGGGUUACGUGUACAUAAUGAUAAUACUCAAUGUCCGUUAUACCCACCAAGUGUUACAUUUAUAGUCAUGAGAAUAUUAUAAUGUAAGUAACUACUAGUACUUAGUAGUAAAAUAUAAUGUACUAUUGUUUUAGAAUUUUUAUUAUCUAUUUACAGUUAUGUCUUUUUAGAGUUCUGCAAGAUAAUAUAUGAGUUAAACUCUUGUAAUUAGUUUACAAUGACCAAGAAUUACCUGCAAUCCUUAUGCAAUACUAUGGUAAUGAGAUGUGAACUGUUAGUAAUCUUAGUUUUCUUUCCAUUCCACUUGUGAAAAACGAAUUCGUUAUGUACCUGCCUGUAAUUUUUCACGAACAUUUAUCUCGUUAAAUUAUAUACUAGUUAAUCCAAUAUUUAUUGUUGCGAUUAGUAGAAUAUCCGCAUAAAAAUGAACUCACUAGGGUCGACAGCCUCUGGUCAUUGUACCGUUUAUAGUUGCAUAUGACAUCAUUAUUACCGACAUCAUUAGUACCGAGAUAAAAUUAUAAUAAUUAAAAUUUUUUACCAAUUACACGCAUAGUAAAAUCACUAUGGACAACUGUACAGUCGUAAUUAAAGAAAAAACAAAAAAGGGUGAUAAUCAUUUAUUCCAAUAAAAUUGCUCUAUUUUAGUAUUUCUUUGUAACACCAUGAUAUUUAAGUUUACAUCGACAUAAUAAGUAAGCUAUUAUGAAUUUAAGUAAACAAUAUUAUUAUUUUUAAUUGUGUUUAUAAUCAUUUCAACUACAUUAAUAUUUUCAUACCCUUUAUAAAUAAAACAAUGUCUCAGUCCUUCUUCACGUUUUUUUUUAUUUAAAUAAUACGGUUAUACAAAGAAAAUAAAUUAAAAGCCAGAUUUUUAAAUCAAUCAUUCGUUGGUAAUAUAAAAAUCUAAAACAGACUUAUAAUAAUGGAGAUAAUAACCUUUUAAUCGCGGCACACACCGGGCGACUGCAUCGACGCCGCCGGCUAGUCAACAUUACAUAAAAACGAUUGUAAGCAGUGAUAAGUUUAAAAACGACCUGAACUCCGGCGACGCAUCGCAGUCGCCGAGUCGCGCCGACAAUAUAACGGGCUGUGGCCCGCGCAUAA